AUGGACUGGGGUUCGGCGUUGUUGCGUGCCCCUGCUGGUGAUGGCAUUGUCGCUGGCUACAGCAGGUUGUUGCGUCUUUUGGCUGGGCUCAGCAACGGGCCAGGUUUUGGUUUCCUUGCAGGGCACAUUGGAGCGACGGUUGACCCGGAUCGUGUUCGGGAAUUGUCCGGUGAUCCAUUGAUGGUGCUUUUUCGAAGACGCUUGAGAGAAGCUGGAGACGCAGAUCGUGACAUCUUGCGCUUUCUGGUGAUGUCGGAUGAGCAGCCGGAUCGUCGGGUUGACAGGUCGGUCUUGGAUGCGUUGUGGAAACGUGAUCCUGCGGUGGAGCCAAUUCAGAAUUUGGCUGAUGUUUUGAGGGCCGAACGCACGGUCUCCGAGAUUUGGAUUGACGGAUUGGAGAUGCCGACCCUUCCUAAGGGAGAGGUAUCCUCUGAAGGUGGCGUCCCCCUCUCUACGACUCAGUUGAGAGAUUUGUUGUUUGGUCCCAAAUCAGGUCGGUCUUCAACACGGAGCAAAGGUCGGUGGGGGGAGGCCGGUGUUCCCCUGAAUCCUGAUGGCAUACCGCUUUGGUGUGCUGAUUUGGUGCCACCUAAGGCUGAGUUGAUGAAAGCCGCGAAUGACCUUACGUGGUUUCCUCUGGCCGUGUUGUACGGUGAUGUGCAAGCCAUGCCCUCUUGGAUCUGUGCCAUCGCUCAUGUGAGCAAAUUGAAACAGCUGGUCAACGAAUCCGUGUUGCGUUUCUUGCCUUCGGGUUGUGCGGCUUGGGAACAUGAAGGCUUGGAGAUUUCACUGCCUGCCUGCCCUGAAAUUUUUGUUCCGUCACCGAGCAUGGUCGCGAAUUGUGUGGUGAAGACAGAGGUUCCGGUCGUCGGAGGGUGGACCUUGUACUAUGAGUCCAAAGAAGCUCAGAUCACUUGGCCCACAGUGGUCUCAAGUGACACGCCAUGGCGCUUCUUUCGGUCUUUGGCGCUGCCUGAGAUCGUGGAGUACGACUACAAGGCCCAACAAAAGGAGUCAGAGGUCGGUAUCGAAGAAGGCUAUGAGGCUGUGGCUGAUCACUCCAAGAAGAAAAAGAGGAAGAAAAGAGGCAAGGCUGAUGCCCCUGAGGACCCAGAGUACAAGCCCGAGGACUCAGACUACAAGAGACAGCGUGCCCAAGCCGAGACAAAAGAUUCAGAAGUUGCACAGCCCGUGCACGGCCCAAACGUGGUGCACCUGGCGGCCAAGUCCAAGCCGUGCCCCAAGGCCACGGCUGAGGCAGCGGCCGAUGGCACGGAGGCCAGCUCGAGUCAUGGGCACAGAGCCAAGCAGAUGCCGCGAUCUCCAAGUCGCUCACCUAACCCUCGCCAAAGGGAGGAGAUUCGCAGAAGGGCUUUUGGGGAGCCUCGUGAAGGACGAGAUGAUGGUUGCACGGAGCUUCGCAUUUACCCGGCUGACUGGCAAUGUCCGACGGUGGCAUGCGUCAAUCACAGAAGGAAUGUGUUUGCGCGCAGGAUGAACUGCCCUGUCUGCGGCGCGCCAAAGCCGACAAGUUCGUCUACUGAGGGGGGUCAGCUCUUCCGGCGUAGGGUUUCUGUCUCACCUCGUGACCGCGGAGCGCGAGCAUACACCGGUACUGAUGACCCCAUUUAUCCCGUGGUUUCCACCCCCUCAUUGAGUGUUCCUGCUGGGUUGGUCGGUUCGUGUUCGCCUCUUGGUUCACUGCAGGCUGCUGGGUGCUUUGACGAGGACGGACGGGAGGGGGUGAUCGGUCAUGGUGCGGCCGAUGUCUCAGGUGGUUCAGAUGCCUGUCAGUUGAAUCAUCAGGUCGGUGACACAGGUCCCUUGUGUGAGAUGUUGGAGGUAGGUUGUGAGCGGCUUUCACCCACUUUUCAGAUCCUUUGUGAUCUCGCUGCGACGGGGAACCCCGGAACUGACGGUUUCGAAGACUUAGAGGCUGGUAUUUGGAAGCAUCACCAAGGUAAGAAGGCUGCUCAGGCAAAUCUGGAACAAGAGGUCGGUCACUUGGUCGAACGUGAGUUGUCGGUCUCCCCUACCGUUGGAUUUGUGAUUGACCAGGAUGUGUAUGUCCCCUUCACCUUCGCACAGUGCGUCCAGCUUCUCGUCGGUGAAGUUGACGUUUUUGUAAUCUUUGCGUUGGACUGGUGUCAAUGGCUGGAACCACAACGAGGUCUUGAGCUGACGGUUUUUGACGCUCUGCUUGCUGGUCUCCGUUUCUUGGAGCUCUUUGCAGGGAUCGGAGGAUGGAGUGCGGCCUUGCCCUUCAUGGUCCAAAAUGCUGCGGUUGUGGCCAUUGAAAUCGACCCGGAAAGAGCGGUGAGGUUAGCAAAAAUGCGGGCAUGUCCAGCAGUUCCGCUUGACUUUCUCACGGCCGACUUGGCUACGCAGGAGGUUGUUAUCAUAGGGGACAUCCGUGACAAGCGCUGGCUGAAGAUCUCGCUGGCUUGGCCUUUUCGUGGUGUUUUGCACUCUCCGCCUUGUACUUCUUUCUCCGGUGGAGGAAACGCACUUGGAUUGCAGGCUGAAGACGGGCAACUUAUGUUGCAUUCCUUGGGGUGCCUUGCUGCUCUGCAACCGGAAUUCUCAAUUGGUGAGAAUGUCAAAGGACUGCUCAAGCACCCUCACUGGCACCUUAUCCAUAGGUUUGCGGAGAUGUUGGGUUUGAAACACUUGAGGGUUAAACUGCUUGAUCUUGAACAGGUGAUGCCGAUGAGACGGCCAAGGUGUUUCUUCUGCUUCUUUGCGAGGCCAAUGGAUUUCUCCAUCCUGGGAGCCACUAAGCUCAGAAUCCCGGAAGGAUUGUGGACUGUUGCGGAAAGGUACGAGGUUGGUCUGACACCUGAAGAAGAGGCGAUGCUUUCCAACUGGGAUUUUCUGUCUCCCUUUGACAAGCGGCUGUGUUCUCGGAAUCCUGCUGAGGUGCUUGCACGUCGUACCUACACUAAUGCCCCUCUCCCGGUACUUAUGGCAGCGUACAAGCAUCAAAUUCGGCUUCCCUUGUCGUCUCUUAUUGAGAAAGGUUUGUACACUUGGAUAGUCAAGUUUGGAACAGUACGAAGGUAUCUGCAUGCUUUUGAGGCCGCAAGGUUGUUGGGUUUCGGCCCAAUGUUUUCCUUCACGGUGGACGGUGAUGUAGACCUUACGGUGCUGGGAAACUCUGUGUCUCCGAUUCAGGUUCUUCAGGUGCUCCGUCCUGUUUUGCGGAACCUUGGCCUGGUUGACACCUUUCCUGCAGUCGAGCUGCGGGAGCUCGUUGCCCUCAUGGUGUGUGGGUGGCCCUUUCUGCGGAACCUCUCCAUCAGGCCUUUUGGUACUACCCUGAAGUUUGGUGUGGCUGAAGUUUUUGAAUUGCCGCAGAACGGACAGAUUCUGGUGGUGUAUCAGUCACAUACCUGGUGGCUCUCACAUCAUAGGUUGUUCAAACAAGGCAUCGACAUUCAAGACGCACUGACGAAGAUUAUCGGCAUUGGCAAAGGUGUGUGCAUACGGAAAUGUACGCUCCUGGAGGAUAUCAUUGAGGUCCAUGUUGAGUUCGAGCCAGUCACACUGUUUGGAUACAACUUCAGUUUUGGCGCGUCCCCAUUGUCAACUUGGGGCCAGUUAUUGGGCACCUUGGCAGUUGGCUUUGAACGAAGCACAUUUGCAAAGGUGCAUCUGGAGUCGCCUCUUUGGAUGCUUUCCCCUCACAGAACCUUCUUGGAUCACCUGAUCGAAGUCAACGAACAUGAGGUGCACAUCUACUCUGCAAAUGGUCGCCGAGUCGCCGAGUGGCAAGAGGGUCAAACUGCUGAGUUUUACGUGCGACAAGUUUUCCCUUUUGCAGUCGCAGCCAAACUGGAGACAGUGCGCGACAUGCGUAGUGGUGCUUGGGUUAGCUGCUGCGAUUCUCUUGCCCCGGGUUGCUAUCAGGUCGGUUUUGGUUUAGGGCAAGUCAUGCUACAGCCCUUUGGUCACAUCACCGUUGGUGCUCUGGCCACCAUCGGUCAGGUGCAAGGAUAUCUUGCCGAGCGCUUCUACCAUGGAAAGGCGCUGCCUUUGAUUCUUGUCGGAGGUCGGUCAGUUUCCACUGAAACCUUGAUUCUCGCUGCAAAUACCACCGGUGUCUUGAGAAUGCGUCUGUUUCCUUUGAAAGGGGGUGUUCUCUCCUUAGCGCACACUGAAGAAAGAUUGCAGUCUUUGCUGAAGGAACACGGUGUCGAGCAGAAGGAGGUCAAAGCGAGAGUUGCGGAGGUAGUUGACAAACUGUCCUUUGAAGUUGUGAAAAGGUGUUUGGACUCAAAAUCGGCAUGGACUGCACUCAAAGCGGAGGCGACGAAGCAGAACAUUCGGUUGGUCACGGUUUUGGAAAGGGAGGCAAAAGCUGCAAGUUCCAGCCAAAGGAGAGAAGAGGAUCCACUUGUGGCAAAUGACCCAUGGAAACGUAUGCCCGUCCCCAAGAAGGUGCAGAAGGACCGUCACCAGCCAACGAUGCGAAUUGAUGACUCCUUCUUUCACGUGCAGGGCAAAGAACUCCCCGUCAUCUCGGUUGAUGAACUUAUGCGAGGAGCAGAAGGUUUGGUCAUCGAACCACUUCCGGCCAUUCUGGAUCGUCUGCCAGCAAUUCUGCAACGCAGUCGCACGACUGGCCCAGCAGCGCUCAUCCUGUGUGGGUGUUCUAUUUUGGACUUGCCCAAGGACAUCCCCAACUCAAGAUGUUCUGAUCUUGUUGUUCCAGGUUGGGUCGGUCCACAUUCCUCGGCGAUCCGGUCGGUGCUGUUUCAGGUUGGUGAUGUUGAAGUCAAGUACAAGGAAGCAAAGGCUGACAUUGCCGUUGAGGACCAUGUCGCGACCAAGGUUGUCAUGAUUCACGUCUUUCGGGAGGAGUCCAGCUGUUGGGUAGAGUUGCAACGUGGCCUUGCUUUCUUUUUGAAGAAGAUUGGCUUCAGUGAGUCCAGGACAAUUCAGCAAGUGUGGGGACUGGGGUAUUACAAUGGCACCAAGCGCACGAAUCUUGAUGAGGCCAAGUACGCACAUGGCUUUGUCAGGAUCUUUGAGGCUUUUGUCGUGCCUUUGCUUCGCCUUUCUGGCAUUGAAGGUAUGUAUGCUACCCCAAGAACCGCUGCAAGGACCGUUGACCCCGCGUUCAAGGUGAUCACUUUCCCGGGUUUUUCCCGUGAGGACGCGAAAAGGCAACUUGAUCUUCUUGACGACCCCUUGGGCCUCGUCCGUACUUCGAAAGGUUUUGGUGUGCGUGUCCGUGCUACACAGUAUGCGGUGACCAAGAAGUCUCUUUUUCCUGAUCUUGACGAGUCGGACGACAGUGAAGACGGUGGCCCCAGGCGCUUUCGUUUGUUGGCAGUCCCGGUUGAAUACGAAAAGAACACUGUUAAGGCAUUGCUUAAACAGGUCGGUUGGGGAGCUAAGGUCUUGCGAGGACAGGGGGUAGGUACCUGGUUGGUUUCCGCAUCUGAUGCUCCUCCGGUUCGGUCGAUCGGGGUCAAGGACGCCACAAUUGUCAUUCUGGAAGAUCAGAUGAUGAGACAAAAACCCAUUGUCGCUUCGACGAGCAGAAACGUGCUUUCGAACACAACUUGGAAGGUUGCGCCUCGGGAACAGGUCGAUGGUAAGGCGCCACCACUGCUCCCAGAGGUCACAUCCAAGUUCGAGCAGCUUGAGUCCAAAACCAUGGCCAGGGUCGACAAUCUGGAGCAGCAAGUUUCAGCGCUUGCUGCCCAGGUUAAGGAGAAUGCCGCUCAGACCACGACUGCAAUUGAUGAGCUCAGUGACAAAUUCGAACAGGUCUCAAAGAUCGAGGACAAGUUUGAACAGUUCCUGCGCAAGUUUGGACAGCAAACGGAACAACGUAUCCAGCGCAUCGAGGAGCAGCAGGCGGCCACUCUCAAUGAAAUUAAGCAGGCCAUAGAACAGUCGCCAAAGGUCCGAAAGACGAGUCAUACUGACCGCGCUGUGCGUGCUAUCUCUGCGGAGUUCAAGUCGUAUGGGCUCCACGUGGGGCUUUGUCGUCCCGUUCCUGAUAAGUUUGAGGUGGGCAAUCCUUUGGGUUCCUUCCGUGGUCUUUCUCGAGGCUGCGGUUUGGUUUCGCCCUUUCCUUUGUAUAGUUUUGAAUCUCCUGUGGUUGACACUCGGGUUUGGUGUUCACAGAGGAUUCACUUCGGGGUUGUGCAAGUUGGACAACUUGCCAUUAGUGUGGUCACGGUUUACUUGUGGCCCAAUGCUCCUCUUUCUUCGCGUCGCUAUGCGGAGAAUUGUGAGGUAAUUGGUGCAGCUGUGCAGUUAAUUAGGUCGGUGUCUGGUCCUGCCAUUUUGGCAGGUGACUUUAACGCAUCGCAUGAUUUGUUUCAGGAAGUGAGAGACCUUGUGCUGGAAGGCUGGGCUGACACUGCGCAACUUGAUGCUGAGCGCAAAGGCACUCAGCCCCAGCCAACAUGUCAAAGGGCUACCAGGCAUACCUUUUGUCUGGCCAACCCCUCUUUGUUGCCUUUCUUGGUGUCUUCGGAGGUGAGCUUUCACGAGGAUUUGUCCACGCAUGCGGUUCUUGUGACGGAGUUUGCCCUGCCGGACCACAACUUUCGUGUGCUGAAGUGGGUUAUGCCUAAGCCGUUGGAUAAGUUCUCCUUCCAUAAAGAAGCUCUUGAAGGUAUGGCGGCCUCUGUCGCCGACUCAGUGUGGGAUCAACAGGUUGAUGCCCUGGCAUUGGAGGGCCAGAUGGACACGGCUUUUUCGAAUUGGUCCAUCAUUGCCGAAGAAAUGCUUUGUGUGGCGGUGGAGGAGCCUGACGUCCACUCUAGGCAGACGUGGAAAGGUCGCGGCCAAUCACUGGAGCCUGUCUUGAGGGAUUGGGCCCCUCCUAGAUUUCGUGCGGGUCGUGGUGCUGACUUCCGCCUUUCUUGUCCGUCUGUGGCAUUGGAGGCCAGGAGGUGGCAGAAAUUGGUGCGCCAAUUGGAAGCUUUGGUGCGAAAGCUGGCGCGUGGGCGGGGACGACAGUCGUGUGAUGCUUUCACUACCGAAGUUUCUUUGCUUUGGGCUGCCAUUUAUGGUUCGCCGGUCAGGCCCAGGUUUCCGAGGUGGGUUCGGGAGUGUUUUGGCUUUGAGAUCUACGUUCUUCCGGGUUUGCCUACCUUGAAGAUGUUUCUCGAGAAGGCAGCGGAGCACGCUCAGGACAUUGGGAGAAGGUGUUGGAAGGCAAAACGAGAAUCGUUCGCGACAGACGUGGAGGAGUCUUGGAAGAAGAAGAGUGGUAGUCUGGCAUAUCGUUUGAUCAAGGACAGGCCACACCCGCCUGUGCUGGAGAUGGAGGUCUGCUCUUCGGUUAAACUGCGGCCGCAGCGCUGGCUCCCGGACGGGAAACAAUGGAUUCAGUUACUGCCAGGUCAUGGUUUUCAGGUCGGUGAUUGUCUUUCCGGCAAAAUUGACUGUAAAGUUGUCGAGGUCAUGGAUACGUCCAUACGUUUGGAUCGGAAAGUGUCAAGGACGGAGGCCGCCUCUCUUGCAAAAACUGAGGUUUCGUUGGAUCCUGCGGUUUGGAGUCAUUCUUUCUUUGCUGGUUGGAGUGAGUUCUGGCAGCGGGAGAGUGAUUUUGAUGAUACGUAUCCCUGGAAGGACCUGCUGGAACGUAUCCCUGGGAAAGCGGAGCAUUUCCUCCCGCCGGUUUCCUUUGCUGACUGGCGUGCUGCCUUGGCCAAAGCUAAGGUCGCAACUAUGAGAGGCACUUGUGGUUGGUCGGUCGGUGAACUGCGCCUGUUGCCUGAGAAGGCUGUUUUGCCCUUACUCCGGCUCUUUGCGACUGUUGAGAAGGGUGGCGGUUGGCCGAAGCAGCUGCAGACUUGGUUACUUGUUCUUUUGCGUAAAGAAGAAGGUAUACCUACUUGGAAGUCGGUUAGACCCAUCUCCGUUGCCUCCGUGGUCUAUCGGGUUUGGGCGAGGAUCCGUACUUCUCAGCUGUUGCAGUUGUGUCAUGAGCAGGCCUUGCCGACUGUUGGGCCACGUCUGUCUACGCGGUCGCUUUGGGGGUACGUCGCAGACUUUGUAGCGGAAGAAGAAGCCGCGGGAGGUUCUCCCUCUGGGGUGGUGUUGGACAUCAUCAAAGCGUUCAACGUUAUGCGGAGACCUUUGGUUACCGCUGUCAUGCUUCACUUUGGUCUGCCGUCAAAUAUUGUGCUGGCAUGGAUGAAGGCGUUGGAUGGGAUGGAGAGGCAGAUACUCGUAGCAGGGUGUGUCUACCCCGCUGCUGAGGAUUUGAAAAAGUCUACGGCAGGUGUGCCGGAAGGGGACCCCUUGUCGGUUGUCGCUAUAUUCUGCAUGUGUCUUUUCUUCGCUCGGUUCGUUCUGGGGGAGGCGGAUGUUGUCCCUGUCACGUACGCAGAUAACUGGCAAGUUAUCGCACGUCAGGUCGGUCCCAUUGUCACUGUUCUGCCGAAGAUUCACGAGUUCCUCGAGCUCUGCGCUUUACCUGUUUCGCCUGAGAAGUGCUGGCUGUGGAGUGCUGGUAAAGUUGGGCGCAAACGGCUCAAACAGGUUGCGUUUGGGGAUUCUCAUAUCCCGGUGCGGUUACAGGCAGUUGACCUUGGGGCUGAUAUGCCUUACUGCAAAAGACGUGCCGCAGCAAAGCGCAACUUGCGAAUCAAGGCUGGGCAUCGCAGGUUGCAACGGGCGAAAGGUUUGCCUGGUAGUAAGUGGCAAAAGUCCAGGCUCAUCAUGUCUGGCAUCUGGCCGCAAUGUCUGCAUGGUAGUGAGACUUGUGUUGUGCCGAAGUCGGUUCUUAAAAGGUUGCGUACACAAGCGGGGCGGGUUGCCUCCAUCGCCAAACAAGGGGUUAGCCCGUGGUUAGCUUGUUCGGUCGGUAGUCCCCAACUUGUUGACCCCGAGUUUUGUCUCCUUGUUCAAAGGUUGAGGUUGUUUCGCCUCAUGUGGCGCGACUUUCCGGACGCGCGUCCGCGUAUGCAAAAGGGUCUUUGCGCUUUGCGCUCGGCUACGCGGGGUGUUUCUUUCCUUCUUUCAAGGCAGCUCCGCUCGUUCGAAUGGAUUGUGCAGGGGCUGGUGGCCUCUGAUGACCACGGCAGAUGUUUCCACCUUGUGAACACGCCUCUUAAGGCGGUGAAGCGUGUUCUGGAGUCAUCAUGGCUGCAGAAGGUCGGUAGCAAUGUGACUCACAGAAAAGAUUGUGGGGAGAUUCAGGUCAUUGAUGCUGAGCUCUCCAAAGUGUGGCAACGCUUUCCUCUUGGGGACCGCUCUUUGCUUCUUUCGCAACUUACAGGUGUUACAUUUACUCGGGACUGCCUUGCACAUGCGGAAGGUGUCCAGGUUUCCAAUGCAUGUCCCCUGUGUGGUGAACCUGAUUCUCGUCUCCAUCGUGCAAAAUACUGCGUGGCCGGUGGUGAACUGCGCGCUUCACUCCUGAAGGAGUUGGAUGGUCAGCCUCUGCCGGAUCAUACUUGGGCGUACGGUAUUUGGGAUGAAACUGUUGGCUUGAGAGACUGGCAGGCGCAACUGUGUGGGCUUGAGUUGCCGCAGGUUUUCACAUCCAGUUGCGAGGCCAGACAAUUUGUCUUUACGGAUGGUAGUUGUCUGUUCCCUACCAAGCCCAAGCUUCGUUUGUCUGGUGGUGCGGUCAUCUUGGCUAGCCCGGGGGCGUAUCAGGUUGUUUGGGCUGGGAUUGUGCCUGGGCUUGAUCAGUCUAGCUAUCGGGCUGAGGUGCUGGCCAUUUGUGUUGCGGUCGGUUCUUUUGGAAAGGUUACCAUUUUCUGUGAUAACUCAGCUGUGGUGCGUAUUGCAGAACAGUUGUUGCGGUUGCCGGCUUGGCAGCGUGGGCACAGACUGCCGCACGAACAUCGUGACCUUUGGGAGUACUUCUGUCAAGUCUCUACUUAUCAGAGUUGGGGACAGGUGGUGAUUCGGUGGGUUAAGGCGCACCAGAAUCCUGCAGAGCUCGAAGGACACCAACGCAUCUUGGCACUCUUUAACUCUUACGCUGACCGGGAGGCCAAGACCUGUGUGCGGGCCUUUGCGCGCGGCGCGUCCUACCAGGCUUUGUUUCAGCAGGUUGACCGCACUAGCGCUUUGGCUGUGCGGCUUGCUGACUUUCAUGUUGGGUUGGCUAAGCUCUUUUGCGCUGAACCUCGGGGCGAGAGAGUUGUGCCGGAUGCAUCCCUUUUCGAGGUGGUCGGUCGUGGGUCAACCAUUGGCGAUGCGGAUGUUGCGCUGUGGUUGCAUGAUGGAUUCACUCGCAAGCUCUCUGAGUGGCUGUCGUCUCUGCGCUGGUAUCCUCGGUCUGGAGGUGGGUGGACUGAGAUCUCUGCUCUGGAGCUGCUGUGGCAGUUCGUCUUUGACACUGGGUCUUUGCCCCCUUUCUGGUACGACGGUCGAUGGCGUUUGGCUGAUGACCACACCUUGGACGGCUUCGUGGUGCCGCCGGUGAAGACUUUGUAUCGUGUUUGGGUGCGCCACCUGGUUGCCUGUGAGGCCCUUCCUGCGGGCUCGGUUGGUGCGGGUAGUUUGGCGGCUUUGGGUGCUGCUUUUGCUGGUUUCUCGUGUGUGGGGCGUGUCCCCCUUCCCCCCCCUGUGGUGGACGAUUUGCUGGUUCUUUUCAGACAUCGGUCCGGGCUCGGCGCUCUGCGGCUCCCGGCUUUCUGGUAA